AUGGAUAUCGAGUCUUCUGGUAUGGAACGGAAGCUGCAAUUACAAGAGUUAGAGGAGAUUCGACUUGAGGCUUAUGAGAACUCUAGACUCUACAAGGAAAAGACUAAGUUGGUGCAUGAUCAGGGUAUCCUGCGGAAGAACUUCCAAGAGGGUAACCGAGUAUUGUUGUAUAAGGCCCGGUUCACUUUCAAGCAAGGAAAAUUCAACACCAGAUGGGAUAGACCACACACAAUCACUAAAGUGCACAACUUUGGUAUGGCGGAGCUCCUACAUGAAGAGACUGGGGCUAGACUCAAAGUCAACGGCCAUCUACUGAAGCUCUACCAUGAAAAUCAGAAACCUCCUUAA